AUGCCCAACACGAGUCGCACCGCCCAUACGUCAGCCCUCGUGCAGCCAUUGGCCGAAACCACCGCGCGCCCGCGUCCAUCCGACGCCACCCUCGGCUAUAAAAGCCUCCCCUCGGCCUCAUCCUUCGCCACACAGCUCUUGGAGCACUCCACUUCUCGCCCACUAGCCUGGCACAGCUCUGCCCUCCCCCUCUCGCUCGACGAGGAAAGCCUUUCUCUGUCGCAGUCACCGCGCGGAGGUGCGCAAGAAUCGGCCGCCGUCGUCGUGUGCUCGCGAGCGUCGCCGGAGAAGGAGCCGUCCGUGUCGUCGAGGAUCACCUGCUCGAGCUGGAAGCGUCCCUGGACUGCCCCGUCCUGCCUCUGCACCGCUUCGCCGGUACCGUCUUCGUCGAGGACUCGAGGACCAACGCCCAGACGCCACCUUGGAGCACCGCUGCAAAGCACCAUCGUCCUCGGUGCUGCACACGCGCACGUCUACGCCGACGACCAAGAAAAGCUAGCGCGUCCGAGACACCGAGCCGAACCGCCCCGACACUCUUCUCCAUCCCAGUGUCGUCCCUGCGUCGUCUCCGUCGAGCAGCGCGCCCCGCUGGUGAGCUCCCGAUCGCCGUCUUCAAACGCGAGUCCGCGCAGCUCCGCCCCGACGCCAAGCGGCGACCUCGCCACUGACCGCAAGCCCGCCUGCGCGUGCGAGGAGACCAAGCCGAGCCUCCUCCAAAUCCCCGCGUCGUCCUCCUAUCCUCCAAGCGCCCCCAUGAUGCGAACAAUUUCGGAGAAGAAGAAGAAGUGGAAUCGGACGAGGAUUUUAUUUAUGUUGUUGAAAGUCUUAUUUGAUGGAGUUGGAGAAGUCCAGGGACAAACAAGCCAACCAAGGCAAGCCAUCUUUUGAUCUCUUUCUAUUUAUUCUUCUUGUUGUGCUCAUUGCUCCAUUAUAUACUUGGUUCCUUGUAUCAUGUGUGAUUUUUGGUCCUCAGCUCUAUGCAUACUUAUUCCCAAAGUAUGUUGAACCCCUUGUUGAUGCUUUGCAUACUUGCUCCCAAGUAUGUGAACCCCCUUGUUUAUGUUAUGCAUGCUCACCCUAAGCAUGUAUGCCCCCUUGACUAU